AUGGCUGCCACCGGGCGACUCGUGUCAAGGUUGGCGAUGGUGACGGGUGGCGGCAGUGGGAUUGGUCGUGCGGUUUGCCAUCGCCUGGCCUCCGAGGGCGCCUCAGUUGUGGUCGCUGACGUCAACGAGGCGUCUGCCAAUGAGACACUUCAAAGUCUGCCCGGUGACCUCAGGGGUCAGGCCCACAUGGCUGUGGCGGCAGACGUGGCAUCAAAAGAGAGCAUUAAAAACGUGCUCACAAGUAUCCAAGCUCGCUACUUCCAGCCGCCCUCAGUGUGCGUGAACGCGGCAGGCAUCACCAUGGAUAACUUUCUACUCGACAUGGAGGAAAAUGACUUUGACACGGUGGUUCAGGUCAACCUAAAAGGCUCCUUUUUGGUUAUUCAGGCUGUCGCUCAGGCCCUGGUAGCCUGUGGAGCUGCCAAAGGAUCAAUCAUCACUGUGGGCAGCAUUGUAGGCAAAGUGGGAAACAUGGGACAGGUCAAUUACGCCGCCUCAAAAGCUGGAGUGGAGGGUUUAACCAGGACGGCCGCCAAGGAGCUCAGUAGGUUUGGGAUUCGAUGUAACUGUGUGUUGCCGGGGUUUAUAUCUACGCCCAUGACGGACAAAGUGCCUGAGAAGGUGAUCUUCAAGAUGAAGUCUCUGGUACCGCUGGGCAGGAUGGGCGAGGCAGCAGAAGUCGCUGACGUGUGUGCCUUCCUGGCCUCGGACGACGCCCGUUAUGUCACGGGGGCCAGCCUGGAAGUCACUGGUGGCCUUUUCAUGGGGUAA